AUGAGCGAAGCCAAGGUAACGGGGUUUUUGUCAAUUAAUGCUGACGAUGAAAGUUUAUGUAAACGUCACGUAAGUCAAUCAGAUGCGGGCAAUGGCUGCAUUCAAGAUGUACAAUUAAAUUUCCUCGACGAUCCAGGGAAAAAUCAUACGGCAAAAAGAGCCCAACAGAAUACCACGUUGACGGUUUUGAGGGAUGUGAUAGGACCAAUUCUAUUAACCAUACUUUCAUUUUAUCUGAGAUUGAAACGUAUAGAUCAGAACAAUAAUGUCGUCUGGGAUGAGGCUCAUUUUGGAAAAUUUGGGUCAUACUAUAUCAAACACGAAUAUUACCAUGAUGUACAUCCGCCGUUGGGUAAAAUGCUUAUUGCAUUAAGUGAAUGGAUAGCAGGAUUCGAUGGGCAAUUUGACUUCUCCUCAAAUGGUGCAUAUCCUGAAGACGUAAACUUCAAAAUAAUGAGACAAUUUAAUGCAAUGUUUGGCGCUCUGUGUACGCCAGUGGCUUUCUUUACGGCAAAAUGGAUGGAAUUCAAUUAUCUUACAGUUUAUUUGAUUGCAACGAUGGUAACUUUGGAACAUUCAUACAUAGUUCUGUCAAAAUUUAUACUGCUGGAUUCUAUGCUACUUUUUUUCACGCUGACAACGUUUGCUUGCAUGGUGAAGCUAUAUGCUUUGAGGAAGCAGCAAAUGACAAGAAAAUGGUCAGUAUGGAUGUUAUUGACGGGGUUAUCAAUAGGUUGUGUUUGUUCUGUGAAAUGGGUUGGUCUUUUCAUCACGGUUAUAGUUGGUCUCUACACAUGUCUAGAACUUUUUAAGCUAUAUUGCGAUAAUGGAUUGCACAGAUUAAAAUACUAUAAGCAUUGGCUUAUCAGAAUCAUUAACCUGAUAGUUAUUCCAUUUCUAAUCUAUCUCUAUUGCUUUAAAAUUCAUUUCGUCUUACUGUACAAGUCAGGUACUGGCGAUUCUACUACCAACACGUUAUUUCAGGUUAACUUGGAGGGGACUCAAAUCGAAGCUAGUCCCCGUGACGUGGUAUAUGGAUCAGAAUUGACAAUACGAUCCCAUGGUUUAAGCCCGAAUCUGCUGCAUUCCCAUGUCCAAUUAUAUCCAGACGGCUCUGGGCAACGCCAAGUCACAGGAUAUGGAUUUGCCGAUUCUAAUAACAUUUGGAAGUUUGAAUUUUCAAGAUCCUCUGGAUUGCAACUGCACCAGAACGGAAACUUGAGUGAUAGGAUAAUUCCCAUAACGGAUGGUGUGGAAGUUCGUCUCCGCCAUAAGAAUACAGAAUCGAGUCUCCAUUCUCACGAUGUACCUUCUCACGUCUCGAGAGGAAACUUUGAAGUUUCAGGCUACGGAUCGCAAAGUGUUGGAGACGAAAAGGAUGAUUGGAUAGUAGAGAUCGUAAAGCAAGUGAAUUCACCGAAUCCUGUUUACGCAAAUGAAGAUCCAGAUAUCUUACACCCAGUUUCUACUUUCUUCAGGCUGAGGCACAAGGUUUUAGGUUGUUACUUAGCUUCCACAGGGCUAACGUAUCCAGCUUGGGGAUUCAAGCAGGCUGAAAUUGUCUGUAAAGACUCAUGGAGCCAUAGGGAUAAAUCGACCUGGUGGAAUGUGGAGGAUCACUGGAACAGUAAUCUAGAAACCGCAGAUGAUUAUAUUCCACCAAAAUCUAAUUUUUGGACUGAUUUCAUUCUAACUAACUUUGCUAUGGCCUCUUCUAAUAGUGCAUUAGUCCCUGAUGAAGAUAAAUACGAUAGCUUAUCAUCAAAUGCAUGGGAAUGGCCAACGUUGCAUAAAGGACUAAGGAUGUGUUCAUGGGCAGGAUAUACCACUAGAUAUUAUCUAAUGGGAUCUCCAUUCAAUACAUGGGCUUCCACUGCGUCUUUGAUCAUAUUCCCAUUUAUCAUUCUUUCUCUGUUGUAUCGUUGGAGAAGACAAAAGCUUCACCUUUCAGAAGAUCAAAUCUGGCGAGUGGCCAUUCAGGGUGUAUUCCCUUUUAUCUCCUGGAUGUCACAUUACUUGCCAUUUGUAAUGAUGGGAAGAGUAACGUAUGUGCAUCAUUACGUUCCAGCUUUAUAUUUUGCGAUACUUGUGUUUGGUUUUGUAGUCGAUUUCGCUUUGGGUAGGGUCCAUUGGAUUAUAAAAUAUCCUGCCUAUUUGUCACUGUUUGGCAGUUGCAUAUACGUAUACAAUCUGUUUGCUCCAAUAUGUCAGGGGAUGAAUGGUGACAAAGCGGAAUAUUUACCUUUGGAAUGGUUAUCCACUUGGGAUAUGGCAGCCUAG